AUGCAUUUACUAACAAUUUUCUGCUCAAAUGUUAUUGUUUUGAUUCAAUGCUCCAUUGGAAAAGCUCUAGCUAUUAACGUGGAAAGCAGAAUUCUGCUCCCGAAUGACCACUUUUAUUACGAUUACGAGCCAGCCCGGCUGCAGUGGCAUGCAGUCCAUAGGCUGUGUAUUCAGAGAUCGGGAUCCCUGGCAGUGGUUUCCAGUGAUGACAACAACCUAAGUCUGACUGGCUUCCUUCAGUCCUUGAACAUUUCUGACCCUGUAUGGAUUGCACAAAGAGCUCCUGAAAUAAGUGCCACUCCUGACUUAGUGCUGAAUUUCCUUGGGCAGAACAGCCUUCAGUCUGCACGUCUGGUGCACAAGUUCUCCAAGCUGGCUGAUGUAACAGUUUGCACUCGCAUCUCCUUCGGUCCUUUUUGCAACGGAUCUUUCACAGUGUUUUCCUAUUCCAUACACUCAUUCAUUAACGAGUUCCAGGUCCGGGCGAGAAUCAUACCCAAUGAGCGCGUCCAGCUCGCUCUGCUUGUGCACGGACAACAUGGCCCAUAUGUACCAGCCUUCGACAAUGAUUUCAUCUGGCACUCUGUGUGUGUCAGUUGGACAGGAAACGGUGGCAAGUGGGUAAUCUCAGCUGACGGUCAAGAGGUCGAGCAGGGGAGUGCCCUCUACUCAUCAGAAGAAAUAGGGGGUGAUGGAAUUUUUAUCAUCGGCCAAGAACAAGACUCGUUUGGAGGCUCCUUUAAGAGCGAGGAGGCCUUCUGCGGCAGCAUUACCCAGUUCCACGUAUGGGAUCAGGUGUUAAACGCUGUGGAAAUCGGAAACAUGGAAAAAAACUGUUUAUAUCUUCCUAGCGGCCUGAUCUAUAAAUGGGGCACAUCUAAGCUGGAAAUGACGCCCACGCUUGGCGUAUACUGGAGCUACGUCAAGUGUCAAGAGCUUUUCCACAGAACUAAUAACGACAGCUGCAUGAUCUAUGAUCCUGCCAGUGGAAACUGGGGCUGGGACAACUGUGAGUCACAAAGAGGAGGUGUCUGUCAGUUUCAAAAAGAGCCACAGAAUAACUUUGGCUUACCCCCAUUUCCUCAGACGCCACUUUUUACAGAAAUCACCAACGGUAUUUCUUCCAAACCUGAAUCAGAAGGCAAUAUUUUAGCCUCACCCACAGAACAGGAGCUGAUUUGGUUAAGUUCACUUGCUGACGCAGCUGUGAAAGUUCUUCAGAAUAAUCCGGACAUGAUCACAUCCUCUGAUCUCCAGUAUCUCACUCAGACCAUUGAAGUGGCUUCAGCUUUUCCCCUUAAUUCCACAACUGUCUCUUCCGAAGUCAUCACAUCUAUGGCUACCAGUUAUGUGAAUCUAGCCAGCGCUCUUGUCGAUCCUGCCAUGGGCGUUCAAUGGUUGGAGCUGAAGCUGAUCAGUAUUCACCUUAGGCCAUUUAUGGUUAUAGAGAGUAUUGAGAAAUUACUUUGGGCUCUGGCUGAUGCGUACUUUACAGACAAGAAGAGCUUCACGCUUUCAACAAGAAAUAUUGAUAUUCAUAUGGAGCCACGGACAUUAUCUCCUGUGAGCUGCAGCUGUGCUUACAAACCCUCAUCACAAGCUGGUCAGAGCCAAGAUGAAAUUCUUAUUCCUGAGACUGAGAUCCAGAGGCUUCACUCCCUUGGUCACACAGAUGUGAUGUUUAUUCAUGCCUACUACAGCCAACUGCUGGACCUGCUUUCCAAAACUAAAAUUGAAACUUCAACAGAGCCGCAAACAAAAAACAUGCAUUCAACAGUCGGUCAUCUGGCUUCAGCAGUCAUUUCGGCGACAGUGAGAGAUGUGUUGAGGGCGGAGAAUGUUCCAGUGUCUGUCCAGUACACUCUCACAACUCUCACAAAGGUGGAGUAUUCUAAACAUGUCACGCCUGUGCCCAAGUGUAUUUUCUGGGAUGUCAAUAAUGAGGUUUCUAAUGGGAGUGAUUGGUCUGGUAAGGGCUGUAAAGUGCUGUACUCUGGAUCGAAUGCAACGUCUUGCUUCUGCAACCACACCACUAACUUUGCUGUCCUAAUGAAUUAUUUGGAGAAUAAGUGGAGCGAAGCAGAGGAAAGCAUUUUGAACAAGCUGACGUUCAUCGGAUCGGGAGCAUCGCUCUGCGCUCUCGUAGUGACCUUGAUGCUGUUUACAGUGCUGGAUAUUCCGAAAUCCGACAGGACAUCUGUCCACAAGAAUCUUUUCAUCUCUUUGACCUUUGCUCAAAUCGUCCUUCUCUGCAGUGGCUCAGCUGUUAAUAAUAAGGUGGCCUGCACCGUGGUGGCAGCUCUACUUCAUCUGUUCUUCAUGGCAGCAUUUAGCUGGAUGCUGGUGGAGGGACUGAUGCUCUGGAGCAAAGUGGUGGCUGUUAACUUGAAUGAGGAUCGCCACAUGAAAUACUACUACCUGAUUGGCUGGGGUCUGCCUGUUCUGAUCGUCACCAUUACUUUGGCCUCAGCCACAGGAAAAUACUCGGCCGACGGCCACUGCUGGCUCAGCGUACAGAACGGAGUAAUAUGGGGCUUUGCUGGCCCGGUCAUCUUUAUCGUUGUGGUGAACAUCAUGGUGCUGACCCGUGUGCUAGUCAUCACCAUUUCCACUGCCAAGAGAAGAACCCUGAUGAUGGCACCCCGCCUCAGUCCUAUGGAACGGGUGUAUGAACAAAUCAGGGCCGCUGUAAAAGCAGUCUUGGUUCUGCUGCCUAUACUAGGCCUGACUUGGCUGUGUGGAGUCCUGGUACCUUUCUCCAUCAUCAUAGCUUACAUCUUCAUCCUUCUCAACUCGCUGCAGGGUCUCUUCAUCUUCCUGAUAUAUGGCGUGUACAACACAGAGGUCCGAAGCACAGUCAACAGGAUGAAGGAGAGGAGAAAAGCACAGAAUUUCUUGAACUGUGGCAGCUCCAAACCAUCCAGCUCUAUCAACAACUUUCAGCCUGGCAGCACUCCUGUCCCUGGCAUUCUAGACGGUUACGGCUUCAGUGCCAAUCAAUCAGGAAACCUUUCUAUAUCCAGUGCCUGUACCAGUCUGAGCUGCAGCAGUGGCAGGCAAUUCUCCGUUCCUUGUGUCAACAGUGCCCUGACAGAAGAUCUCAGCUGCCCUCCUAAUAGCACCCACAUACCCACAGAGGACCAUGAUGCCAGUGGUGUGGAUGGAGCAGCAGAUUCCUGCAGUCUUCACGUUCCUAUGGACUCGGAGUCGACAUCCUGCAGUACAGUAACCCCAACAACAGAGCAGCACAGCAGCAAGGACCUGAACUGAAAUUUUGUAUUUAAAGGAAUAAUUCUUUACUGUAAAUACUGUACAUUUCAACAU